CAUUUUGCGUUUGUUGGCGUUGUAUCUAUACCAGAUCAUUGUAUCUGUGUCUCUUUGCCUCUGGUUGUACCUAUGCCUUCUUGCUCUUUCUAAACUUUACAACGGUAAAUUUAAAAAUGCUUAUUUCGCAAUUUAAUCCAGACUACUUAAUUUACUCUCGCAGAUCCCAUUUCGUGUGUUAUGAUUGGUUGUCUGAUGUAAGAGGUGACUGCCAAGUUCAAAAGGUUCUACACGCGGCAACUCAAGAACAGCUGAAAUCUUUCAAUACUCUGUUUCGCGAGAACACUAACGCAUUGUUCUAUGAUCAGCACAUGUGGACAUCCCCUAUCGUGUCGCCCGGAGGCUCCAGUUUCUCCAAGACAGAACGACUGUCUUGCUGUUGGGCGGUUGUCAACGCUAUGAUGGUGGCCAGUGCCAUGUGGUACAGGGAUGAGGAUGAUGAUUCCAUCACUAACAUUGUUUACAACCUGGGAUUUAUGCGAUUCACGCUACAAGAGCUGUACGUUAGCCUCGCCACUACUGUCGUGGUGACCCCGGCUGCCAUGGCACCACUUCUGCUGUUCAGGAAAGAGAUCCCCGUUCCCGUCACAGCUCCCGGAGUACGACGUAGUAACUCUGGGAAGCGACUGUCCCGCUGGCCGAAGUACGUGGCGUGGGCGAUAGUAGUGGUGUCGUCCGUCGUCUCGUCGUUCUUUGUGAUCAUGUACAGCCUGGACUGGGGUGGAGAGAAGAGCGAAGCAUGGCUAAAGGCCUUCUUCCUCUCAUUUUGUUUGUCAAGUGUCGUUGCAGAGACUGGCCAGCUAUUAAUCCUGGCACUACUGGCUGCCUGGAUCUGUAACCCGACGACUUCAAGCAAACAGAGGACAUACGAGAUCAAGAGAGAUAAACUACAUUUGCACCUUUUGGAUCGUAAAGCUUCAGAGAAGGUUCGCCCGCCUGGAGCUGCCUCCAUGCUGAGGAUGAAAAGAAAGAACAAUCAGCGGCGAAAGUUUUACUUCGUUCUGCGGGAGUACAGCAUCCUGUUCCUGUUCGUUGUUGUUCUGUUUUUCAUCAGUCAACAAGAUAUAGAUCCGUUUUCUUUCCACGCAUCUCAGACCUUGUCUACAGCACUCACCAAAGAUUUUGAUUCGAUAACGACUCCUGAAGACUUCUGGGCGUGGACUGAGGUGAUCCUUUUGCCUGCUUUAUACCCCACGUUCUGGUAUAAUGGCUGGAAAAUGAAGUACCUGGACCGACAGUUUCCAUUUCACACUGAAGCCUUCAGGAUCGGCCCUCCACGUCUUUCUCAAAUACGGGAGGCAGCCGAUACUAUGAAAAAAGGCAAUCCCCCAAAGGGUUGGAUAGUGGCAACCAGUAAUGAUGCAUAUUCUUGUUGGCAAUUUAAUGCCACAAGUACGGUGGCAUACAGUUCAGAUUGCAUCUCAAAAUUUUCCAUGGAACUUCCCACUGUCAUAUCCAAAGUCACAUCCACAUGGUCCGAUCUUCAGCGCAACAACUGGAUUGACAAGUAUACGAAGCGGUUGGUUCUGGAAAUGUCCUUCUACUAUCCGUCCCGCAAGCUUUUCAGUAGUCUACUGAUGGCCGUGGAUAGGAAGGAUGUCGGCCAUCUUUCUACAUCUGCAGUCGUUGGGACACACAGGCUGUUCCAGUAUGAAAACACUUCUGACUACGGCAUGAUGAUUGCCCACAUCCUCUUCAUCUUUUUCUAUCUUGUUAACUUCAUCAUGGAAGCGGUGAUUAUCAAAGCGGAAGGCAAAAAGUUUUUCUUUUCCAUGUGGAAUCUGAUAUCUUUUGUGAGCAUAAUUGGAUCUACAGUUGUCAUCUGUGCCUUUGGAAUAAGGUACCACCUUUCAUCUGAAGCACUGAGGAAUAUAGCGGAGUCAACAGGUAAGUAUACGUACAUGUAG